GCUGCUGCCAAGCCCCAUGAUGCGCUGGCUCCUGCUGCUCACCGUGCUGCUGGGAGCUGCGCUCCCUCGGCCCCUGCACCAGAGGGUCGACUACUCUGUCCCCGAGGAUUUCUCUGCUCCGCUGGAGCUCCCGCAGCCGCACUUUGGCCUGGUGGAUGAUUACGGCGUUAAGCCAAAGCAGCCUCGCUUCAGGACCUGGGCAACGCAGGCGCAGACAGCAGGGCUGCGCAGUGCUGGUAAAAGCAAGCGCAAUCAGCUCGACAUGUCGGAGUACUACUAUGAUGACCAUCUGUGAGCCAGCAUGCGUGUGUGCCCCCCACCGCCUGGCCCUGGAGACCCCCACUUCACCUGCCCUGUGCUUUGCAAUGCUGCACUGCAGGACCGCAGGGCACAUGGGUGAGCGUGGACUGAAUGGGCAGGGGUUCUACUGCUCCGAGCCCCAU